GCAAGCCGAUGGCGCUGCUGGGCCGCUGGGCGCGCCGCUCGCCCUGGCCGUGCAACCUGCUCCUCUACGGCGGUCUCUUCGCGGCGGGAGACGCCGCCCAGCAGCGGCUCCGGCGCGGCCCGGGCUCGGCGGCCGACUGGCGGCAGACGCGGCACGUGGCGCUGGUGGCGCUGACCUUCCACGGCAACUUCAGCUACGUCUGGCUCCGGGGACUCGAGCGGCUCCUGCCCGGCCGGGCCCCGCUCGCCGUCCUGGCCAAGGUGCUGUGCGACCAGCUGGUGGGCGCGCCCGUGGCGGUCCUGGCCUUCUACACCG